CUUGUGCUUGUGUCUGUCUUUAAUUUGGAGCCGAGUACAAACCCCAAACAACCUUCCCAGCUGCGACGCGUGAGGCAAAUGUAUCUGAACAACACACGAUUUGCCGGCAUUGAGGUGAUCGUCUUCAACCGCCCCACGCGAGUGUGCACAGAGCAAAUGAUGCCGCUGCUACGACAGCUGUCCACCAUGAACGACAUGAAUGUGGUGCUGAAUGGACCAGUGCGAACGAUGAACCGAACCCGCACCGAGGGGCAACAGAAGACAGAAAUUGAUUGGACGAGCGACCUGGAGCGGGGAACGCUCUACAUGGCUCACUCGAAUUGGCUGGACUUUGCUUCGUUUGGCUACAAAAAGCCCAUCUACGUGUCGAUGGUGAGGGAUCCCAUAGAUCGUAUCGUUGACGACUAUUACAAGCGCCGUUCGAGGGUCAAGCGUCAGAUCCAUCGCCGCAUGUUUCCAGGACAUCCGGAGAGACCCGCUGAAUGGUAUCAGCAGAGCUUCAAUCAGUGCGUACGAACCGGCAGCCCCGAGUGUCAGUUUGUCCAGCACUCGGUGGCGGAUCAUGUGCAGGAUUUCAAACGGCAGUCACUGUUCUUUUGCGGCAAUCAUCUGAAUUGUUUACCCUUCAACUCGCCCCAUGCCGUGCAAGAGGCGAAAAUUCGCGUGGAGAAGGAGUACUCUGUGGUGGGCACUUGGGAGGAGAAAAACAUUACCCUGACCGUGCUGGAGAAAUAUAUCCCUAGGUUCUUCAAUCACGCUCGCUUUAUGUACAAAUUGCACAGUAAUAGCAUACGAAAUCGGAAUCGAAACAAUCGCAAGCCCCGCGUAGAUCCAGACGUUAGGGAAAUGGUAAGACGAAACUUUACCAACGAGUACGAGUUCUAUUACUUCUGCAAGCAGCGGCUGUACAAACAAUAUUUGGCCCUGCAACUUGAAAAUAAUCUUCACUGAAGAACAUAAAAGUUUGACCGAAUCGUAGCCAAAGAAUUUACCAAAUAAAUAUAGUUGGUCCCCAAAAAUAUUUCUGUGUUUUAUUAUCCCUUAGCUCUGAGUCUAAGCCCCCUUAAAACACCCUUAAAUGCAUAUCAAACACCAAGGAUCUGCAGGUAAAUAGAGACACGAAAAAGUAGAUGACAAAAAUGUGAAAUCCAAAUUUUGUUUC